ACUCUUUCCAGUUCUCUCUUAUAAAGGACUAAAUAAACCUUUUCAUCAUGAAAGUGAUUGCCAUCGUACUCCUCAUGGCUGGUGCCGCCAUGGCCCAGUAUGCCUCUCACGGUGCCCCAGUUGUCCACCAGGUGGUCCACCAACCUGCUGCAUAUGGUGCUGCUUCCGCUGGACAUGCCUACGGAGCCCACGGACAACACGCUUCUGGAUACGCCGCCCAUGGAAACGCACUCCACGCCGAUCGAGGACACUACGCUGACAGGGCACACGCCGCUCUAGGACACCACAAUGUAGGAGCUGCAUCCAGCCAUGAUGCCCAUGGAGCCCAAGGUUCCAGCUACGGAAAGUACAGAAACGUCGGAGCUUACGCUCACGAUAAGGGAACCGGGUACGAAAAGGCCUAUGCCUACGACAAGAAGGCCGGAAACCACGCCAUUGUUGCUGACCACGGAGCCCAGGCUUCCAACUACGGUGUUGCCGACCGAGCUGCCCACCACAAUACUGGAGCUUACGCUCAGGCCGGACACGACAGACAUGGAGCCCAUGACAGAUACGGAGCUCAAGCUCACGGAGUCAGUGCCCACAAUAGUGCUUCUCAUGGACAGCAGAGCAGCGGACACCAACAAAUGUAUUUCCAGAGUCCUGGAUAUGCUUACAAAUACUAAAUAUUUUACUUUCAAGAGAAUACGGUUCGACUUCCAUGACAGAAAAUAGGAAAUUUGUUGUUCUUUGUUACCGUUAUGUUACAUUAUUUAUUAACUGUCUCUCUC